UUCAUUUUCUCUCUCUCUCUCUUCAGCCUUAACUUCUCAACGCUCUCCGCUUUGACACUUAAAUCUUCAAACCUGAAAUUCUUAAACUUUUUAUGUUAAAAACCAAAAGAAUGUCAAAUUUUUCGAAUUUUGGAAAUCUGAUACUAACUCUUAAAGUGGGUUUGAUUUCAACUGGUGUGUUAUCGGUUGGUAUUCUUUUGAAAAAUUCAGCUCCAUUGAUUUCAGACUUUGUAUCAUCAGAUGUUCCUAGUUUUUGGAACGUUAUAUUGCAGUGGUUAAAGCCACCCUAUCUUUAUCUAGUAAUCAACUGUAUCAUAAUCUCCAUUUUUGCCUCCUCCAAACUGCAACAACACAAAGAAGAUAAUCUUUCAACUGUUUCAGCUGAAGUUUUGGUGGAUACUCAAGAGAGGGUGGUAGUAUCAGACGAUCAUGUACAAAGUGGGUAUGUUCUUGGCUACGGUGACAUCAAUCCAACGGCGGAAAAAGAGGAGGAGAAGAAGAUUAUGAGUGAAGAGACACCGGCGACGAUGGAUGGCGGAGAUGAAGUGGCACGCGUGAUGGCGCCAGAGAGGAGCGGGUCCAUGGAAUUGUUGGAUUUUUACCAGAAAGGAAAAGAAAGGCCGCCGAUUUCGUCAAGGUUUAGUCAUAAGAAAUCUGUGAAAGCAAAUCCUGAAGGUGGGAAGGUGGCACUGAAAGUGUCGAAGCCGAAACGGCAGGACACACUGGAGACAACGUGGAAGACGAUAACGGAGGGGCGAGCAAUGCCGUUAACGAGGCACCUGAAGAAGUCGGACACGUGGGACACGCACCUGCGCCAUCAGAAGUCGCCGCCACCUGCACCUAAAAUGAAGAAAGCCGACACCUUCAGCGACGGUGCAACAACGGUGACAAACGGUGGCAACGCGGGAGAUAAUUCGGGAAGGGCGCUGAAGAGAGAGCCGUCGCUGGGUCAGGACGAGUUGAACCGGCGUGUGGAGGCGUUCAUCAAGAAGUUUAACGAGGAAAUGAGGUUGCAGAGACAGAGAUCUUUGGAACAGUAUAAUGAAAUGAUUCAACGUUGAGCUGUUUAGAAAUAAUCACGAUUUUGUCUUUGACCUACUAAGAGCUAAUCAUCACCGACGAUGAAGAUGAUCAUAAUCAACCACAAAUCAGGAUCGGUACAAUUUGUGGAAAAUCCUCCAUAUGGAUACGUUUGGUUCUCUGGAAAGUUGCGUUCGGAGCCAUUCAUGAGAGAAAAGUAUGUUUUCCAUUUCAAUAAAAUAAAUAAUAUUUAUUUUAAAUA